GGACCACCAAAAGUAACGACAACCAAGAUAGGCAUAGUGAUUCGAUCCUUUGAGAACCCUAUUUUGAAGAACCACUAUUUGUUGGGGCUUACCCCUAACACACUACAGAUUGGAUUGCCUGAUUCACGAGUCUUAUAUACAUUGUUACGAUCACCUUUUAUUGAUCAAAAGUCCAGAGAACAAUUUGAAAUGAGAAUAAAGAAACAAUAUCUGGUCAUAAAAACAGAAAGGCAUGAUUCAUUGCGCAAGAAGUUCUUUCGGUUAAAACGCCGUCGUAUAUUUGGAGCUCAAUAUUCAAUCCGUCUUUCUUGCAAGACCCGUUUAGAUAAGGGAAAACUCAAGAGAUUGCUUCGAAAGCUAUCGAAAAUACCUUGAAUACACUAACCGAAUCAUAUCAUAAACCAGAACCACAUUGGAUAUUGUGUCUUGGGUUCUUUUGGGAUAAUGGAUAACAAAUGUAUUUUCUUACGCGCUAUAUCCCCUGCUGUUUGUUGUGGCUUUCUCAUUCUUGUACAACACCCAACCUCUGGAGUUGAUUCAUUCUGUCAUCAUUG